ACCAUUCGUUUGCGUUUGCGGAGCGGGGCAGAGCAGUGCGGAGGGCAUGGAAGCCUCGCGGUUCGGCUUCGGCCGCGACAUGGCGGCGGCGUUCAAGUUCGACCCCACCGACGCCGACAUCGUCGCCUCCUACCUCCUCCCCCGCGCGGUCGGCCUCGACGAGCCCCACGGCCACGGGCGCGCCGUCAUCGACGACGACCCCAUGAGCCUCCCGCCGUGGGACCUCAUGGAGAAGCACAACCACGGGACAAGCCACCAGGCCUUCUUCUUCGGGCCUCCCAGGAACGGGGGCCCCGUCAAGCGCGUCGUACCCGGCAAGGGCGGCGGCACGUGGCAAGGGCAGAAUGGCAGCGUCGGGACCGUCACCCUGUUCUGCGAUGGCGAUGGCGAUGGCGCCCGCGCGGGAGAGGUGGACAUCAGCUACAGGAGGUACGACCUCACCUACAAGCGCGCGGGCGACAAGGCCCCCAGCGGCUGGGUCAUGAGCGAGUACCAGAUCACCUCGCCGCCGCUCUUGAGCACGGUGCUCACCCGCAUCGGAUUGACCGUCGCCGCCAGGGAGCAGAGGAAGCGACAGCCGGCCGACCGGGAGCCGUUUGCUCAGCACGGCCCUGACAAGGUGCUGGCCGUCGCAGCCGCUGCCGCCGCCGCCGCCGAACAUCAACGGGUUUCACCACCGCCAGUGCAGUCGGGCCCUGACGCGCAAGCCGACGAUGGUGCUCUCUACCAUGGCGGUACUAGCGUCACCGGCGUGGGGGAGAACGGUGGGCACUACACUGUUCCGCUUCUGCUCAACGGCCAAGAGUACUACAAGGACAAGAGCCGCGUCAAACGCAAACGGCGGCGAUAUGGGGCAUGAGCCAUCCUGAUCGAACCUGAAUCCAGUCGGGAGACGCCCGCCCGUACAUUUGGAUCACGGAAUAGCAUGUAUGUCAUCCGUUUCUAACUUGUUUCUGUGGAUCCUUGGUUCUUGACGUUCCUGGGUUUUUAAUCGGGAAGGAUACAUGGCCUGAUUUUGAGACACGAUGUCGAUCAUGUUGGGUCCUGGUUCAUGUUGAUGGAUUGCUUUUUGAGACCGUCCUGGGGUCAUGUUGGGUCAUGGGACGUGGUUUGGUGUUCUUCUUUUGGGAUUAAUUAAUAGCACACUGGGGUACACCUGAUUAAUUAGACGGUCUACACAGAGGCUAAUGAACAUUGUUGGUUUUCUUGAUUGGAAGCUGCUGACGCUGUUGGGACUUGUGAUAUAGGCACUUGGACGUACCUGAUUGUAUACCUUGCCCUGA